UUUGAAAAACUUGAACAGCUGAAGACGGUACUAGAGAUGUAUGGCCAUUUUUCUGGGAUAAAUCGUAAGGUUCAGUUGACCUACCUUCCUCAUGGUUGUCUGAAAACAUCUAGUGAGGAGGAAGACAGCCGAAGAGAAGAGCCAUCCUUGCUUCCGGUCCUUAAGUGGGGAGGAGAAUUAACUCCCACAGACAGAGUCCAGGCUGAGGAACUUGGAAGAGCUUUCAGGCGUACGUAUCCAGGAGGUCAAGGAGAUUAUGCAGGGUUUCCUGGCUGCGGUUUACUUAGGUUACAUAGCACCUACCGACAUGAUCUCAAAAUCUACGCCUCUGACGAAGGCCGAGUGCAGAUGACUGCGGCUGCUUUUGCAAAGGGGCUGUUGGCUCUAGAAGGAGAGCUGACCUCCAUUCUUGUUCAGAUGGUAAAAAGUGCAAACAUGAACGGUCUGCUGGACAGCGACAGUGACUCUCUGAGCAGCUGCCAGCAGCGCGUGAAAGCAAGGCUGCACGAGAUCCUGCAGAAGGACAGAGAUUUUACUGCCGAAGAGUACGAAAAGCUUACUCCAUCUGGAAGUCUUUCUCUUACCAAAUCCAUGUAUUUGAUUAAGAAUCCUGUAAAGACCUGUGACAAGGUUUAUUCUUUGAUUCAAAGUUUAACUUCUCCAAUUAGACAUCGAAUGGAAGAUCCCAAAUCAUCAGAUAUUCAGCUUUAUCAUAGUGAAACACUGGAGCUUAUGCUCUGUAGAUGGUCCAAGUUGGAGAAAGACUUUAAAACAAAGAAUGGAAGAUACGAUAUUAGUAAAAUCCCUGACAUACAUGACUGUAUAAAAUAUGGUGUCCAGCAUAAUGGCUCCUUGAAGUUAGAAAAUACAAUGGAAUUAUAUCGCCUUUCCAAGGCCCUAGCAGAUAUUGUCAUCCCUCAGGAAUAUCGUAUAACUAAAGCUGAGAAACUGGAAAUUGCCAAAGGCUACUGUACUCCUCUAGUUAGAAAAAUCCGCUCAGACCUUCAGAGGACCCAAGAUGAUGACACUGUAAAUAAACUCCAUCCUGUGUAUUCCAGGGGUGUUCUGUCUCCUGAACGUCAUGUUCUUACCAGAUUGUAUUUUACCAGUGAAAGUCACGUACAUUCUUUAUUGUCUAUUCUUCGCUAUGGUGCCUUGUGCAAUGAAUCAGAUGAACAGUAGAAACGAGCUAUGGAUUUAAACGUUGUCAAUGAGCUCAACUACAUGACACAGAUUGUUAUCAUGCUUUAUGAGGAUCCUAACAAGGACCUCUCCUCAGAGGAACGCUUUCAUGUUGAAUUACACUUUAGUCCAGGAGCCAAAGGUUGUGAAGAAGACAAAAAUUUACCAUCUGGUUACGGAUAUAGACCAGCUUCCAGAGAGAGUGAAGGCAGGAGAAUUUUUAAAACUGAUAGUGAUGAUGAACCACACUCCUCUAAAAAAGAUGAGGUUGAUCGAGCUGUUCUGAUGUUUAAGCCAAUGGUGUCAGAGCCGAUUCAUAUACACAGGAAAUCUCCACUUCCAAGGUCUAGGAAGAUGGUUGCAAGCAAAGUCGUAUCUGAAAAUGCCAGCUACCUGCGAACACCAAGAACUCUUGUGGAACAGAAGCCGAAUCCUACUGUAGGCUUUGAAUUGUACUCCAUGGUCCCGUCUAUUUGUCCUCUAGAGACUCUUCACAAUGCCCUGUCUCUAAAGCAGGUGGAUGAAUUUCUUGCUUCCAUCGCUUCUCCAUCGAGUGAUGUGCCACGGAAGACACCUGAAAUGUCCUCCACAGCUUCACGUUCCAGUCCAACAAUGAGAAGAAAAGCAUCUCUAAAGACAUAUUAUACUCCUGCAAAGAUUCUCCCAACACCACCAGCUCCCUUAAAGACCACUAAAGUGAGCAGCAAACCAGGCACCAGUGGGCCUUCUACUGCAAUUGUUCCCAGUACCUCAGCUUGGAAAAAGAGUAUAACUAACAAGCCGGAAAUGCCUGAGCACAGAAAAAGCACUGAGAAAAAGAAAUGAAAAUGAAAUAGAACUUCAUAUGCUUAUAAAAGUCACAUAAUGAAUAG